AUGGUAAAAGCUUUCUUCUUGAUUGCUGUCUCCUGCGUUCUAGCUUUCGGUGACUUUGUUCUGGCGGCCUCGCGCACUUCUCCCCCAUCGGGUGCCAUCAUCGUCCGUGCAGGAACCACAACAUCUGGGGAGUUCAGUACAAUCAACGCGGCGCUGGCCUCUCUGCCGAACGAUAGCUCUGCGCGGUCUAUCUUCAUUUUCCCGGGUACUUACUCUGGACAAGUGACAUCUAUUACGCGCCCGGGUCCACUCACCAUCUAUGGCUACACGACGGACACAAACUCGUAUACCGCGAAUGUCGUGACUAUCACAGCAGGUGUUCCUGCCAGCACGGCAGGCUCAAAUGAUGCCAGCGGCACAAUCCGCAUUCACAAGAACGACUUCAAGAUGUACAACGUGAACGUCAAGAACAGCUUCGGCCAGGGUUCGCAAGCUAUUGCCAUCAGCAACUAUGGCUCUAGAGCCGGGCUAUAUGCGUGCGGCUUCUAUGGGUUCCAGGACACGUUGUAUUCUAACCAAGGAACGCAGGUGUACUUGAAGGGAUAUAUUGAGGGCGCUGUUGACUUCAUAUUCGGCCGUCUUGGUCAAGCCUACUUCGGCGGAAAUACCAUUGCUGUCUCCAGCAAAGGCUGGAUCACUGCCUCUGGACGCGAGGCUGACAACGCCGCUAUAUACGUCUUGAAUGCCAACAAAAUCAUCCUUGCUCCCAACGCUGCUUCUAACACGGCUGGAAAUGUCUACCUUGGCCGACCUUGGGGUGCCUUUGCCAAAGUCAUCUAUACGAAUAAUGUUGUCACCCUUCCACUGAACCCUGCCAUCUGGUCCGUAUGGAACACGGGUGAUGAACGCACGAGCGACAUUCUCUUUGCUGAAUACAACACGACCGGUUCAGGCGUCGCGAAUGCCCAGCGACCGAGCUUUGCAACUGUGCUGUCGCAGAGUCAGGCUAAUGGGUACACGAUUGCGACCGCUGUGGGCAGUGACUGGGCCUCGUGGGUUGAUAGCGCGUAUCUUGUUUGA